ACCCAACAUGGCCGCCUGACGGAUCAGUGCAUAGAGCAGCCGGAUGACAACAGCACAGAUGUUUUGUGCUUUAAAGUAGUUUUUCCCUCUGAAGAUCGUUGAUAUUGUGUAUGACUUUCAGCGAUGAUGAAGCUGCGUGUCCAGUUGCAGUGUAAGAAUCUGCACGAAUACCUGAGAGAGCUGAGUCCUGAGAUACUAGACAGACUCUACAACCAUCCAGCCACAUGUCUGGCUGUCUACAGAGAGCUCCCGUCUCUGGCCAAGAAUUAUGUGAUGCGUAUGCUGUUCCUGGAUCAGCCUCUACCGCAGGCAGCAGUGGCAUUGUGGGUAAAAAAAGACAGUCAGAAGGAUCAUGAUGAAUGCGUCUCAGUGUUGGCAGGCCUCCGCCUCUGGCACAGUCAGCAGCUGCAGGGUGGUCUGCAGGGAUACAUUUUAAAUCCAGUGUUCAAAGACAACCUGAGGAUAGCUCUGCUCGGCGGGGGUCGAGCGUGGGCAGACGAGGGCAGCAGUCUCGGACCUGACCGCCACGCACGGGACAUUGAGAGUCUGGACCGCUACGCCAUGGAGCGCUGGGAGGUGAUCCUGCACUUUAUGGUGGGUUCCCCCAGUGCUGCUGUCAGUCAGGACCUGGCACAGCUGCUGGUUCAAGCCGGCCUCAUGAAAAGUGAAUCAGGAGAGGCUCCCUACAUCACAUCAGCUGGGUUCCAGUUCCUCCUCCUGGACACGGCCUCUCAGCUGUGGUACUUCACUUUACAGUACCUCAAAAGUGCUCAGUCCAGAGGGAUGGACCUGGUGGAGAUCUUGUCCUUUUUAUUCCAGCUGAGUUUUUCCACUCUGGGCAGGGAUUACUCGGUGGAGGGCAUGAGUGAGUCGUUACUCACCUUCCUGCAGCACCUGAGGGAGUUUGGGCUGGUCUUCCAGAGGAAGAGGAAGUCGAGGCGGUAUUACCCCACCAGACUGGCCAUCACUCUGGCUGCAGGAGUCACAAGCAGCUCCUCCUCUUCCUCUUCCUCUUCCUCUUCCUCCACCUUGGGUUCCACUCCUGGUGCUGGAGACACAGGCUUCAUUGUGGUAGAAACCAAUUAUCGCAUCUACGCCUACACAAACUCAGAACUUCAGAUCGCCUUGGUGGCUCUCUUCAGUGAAAUGUUGUAUCGUUUCCCCAAUGUUGUGGUCGCUCAGGUCACAAGGGAGUCAGUGCAACAGGCCAUUGCCAACGGUAUCACCGCACAGCAGAUCAUCCACUUUCUAAGGACCAGAGCACACCCUGUCAUGCUUAAACAGACUCCAGUAUUGCCUCCAACCAUAACAGACCAGAUCAGACUGUGGGAGCUGGAGAGAGACCGACUACAGUUCACAGAGGGAGUGCUCUAUAAUCAGUUCCUCUCCCAGACUGACUUUGAAGUGCUACGAGACCGAGCUCAGGGUCUGGGCUGUCUGGUGUGGCAGGACGUGACUCACAGGGUGAUGGUGGUGACCCCGCAAGGACACAGCGAAGUCAAAAGGUUCUGGAAACGGCAAAAGUCUCACACAUAGCAAGAGGAGGACGACGAACAGGAAGCUACAACUCCACAAGUGAUCAGAGUUACACCAGUGAAGCGUCACAUGAUGUCAGAGCUGAAAGAGACAGUGGAAAGAAUAUGAAUAUUUUGUGUUUAUUAAGUGUAUUUUGGAUUAAAUGGAUUUG